AUGCCCAAAGCGAGCAAGCGCGACAAGUUUGCCGAGUUCCGCGCUCUGCGCCAGGCGGGCAAGAAGAAGUUCGACACGUACGAGGUCGAGGACGCCCCGACUCUCUAUGAGGAGGUCGACGAGGACCAGUACAAGAAGAUUGUGCGAGCCCGCCUCAACGAGGACGAUUUCGUCGUCGAUGACAACGGCGAGGGGUAUGCCGACGACGGCCGCGAAGAGUGGGACCGUGUGCAGACGUACUACGACUCCGAGAGCGACGAUGCCGUACCAGUACGCGGGAAGGACCGCAAGUCCAAGAAGCAACGCGACGAUGAGCAGGCAAAACGAGACGCCAACGACCGGGACAUCUCCGAAUACUUCAUGAAGGGCGCUGCCAAGGCGCAGUCCAAGCCCAAGGUCAUCAAAACCGAGGAUGACCAGAAAUUCAUCGACGACCUCCUUGAGGAGGUCGAUGCGAACGUCGUCCCGAUGCCCGUAUCGAGGAUAUCGAAGAAGAGGGACAGAUCGGCCGAAAGGAGGAAGACUCGGCCGCUGUCUCCGCCGCGAGAAGCCCGGCAGCCAGCGCCCAAGAAGACAAAGAUGCUGGAUGGCAGCGCAUCGUCGCCCUUGGCCAGCGACGUUGCCAUGAUUGAAGACGACUUUGUGCCACCUGCGGCUGUGGAAGACGAGCCUGCUGCGCCCGUCGACGUGGUCAUGAGCGAUCCUGCGCCGUCUUCGCCCGCCGCAACGGCUGCCGAGCGGAGAACACAGCCCAAGGUGGACGCGGACGAAUAUGACAAUGACGAUGACGACGACGAAAUGAUAGAGGUUGCGCAUGCUGGCGCCGUGGCUGCCGCAAGCGUCAACUUAUCCGCCUCGAAGCAAAUCAAAAAUGUCACCAAGCCAGACCCGCCCCCCAAGAGCUCGUCGCCUGUCAGGGCCCCGGAGAGUGCGGUCGACGCAUCCUCGUGGAACGGCAUCAACGAGAAGCUCAAUGUCAUCAGCAGCUCGCAACCGGAGGCCAGGAGCCUAGGCAAGAUUGACUACAAGGAUGCCAUCGAGGAAGACGGGAGCUUGAACAUGUACUGGACCGACUACACCGAGCUGAACGGCAGCUUGUGUCUCUUUGGCAAGGUCCUCAACAAAAAGACCGGCCGCUACGUGAGCUGCUUUGUCAAGGUUGACAACAUCUUGCGAAAGCUCUACUUCCUGCCCCGGAAGCACCGAGUGCGCGGCGGCGUCGAGACGACGGAGCAGGUCGAGAUGAUGGACGUCUACCAAGAGGUCGACGCCAUCAUGACCAAGAUGAACGUCCAGAUGCACAAGAUCAAGGCCUGCACCCGAAAGUACGCGUUCGAGUUGCCCGACAUCCCGGCUGAGGCUCAGUACCUGAAGCUGCUCUACCCCUACACCAAGCCCCCCCUGGAGCUCGGAACCAAGGGCGAGACCUUCUCGCACGUCUUCGGCACCAACACAUCACUGUUUGAACAGUUCGUUCUCUGGAAGAAGAUCAUGGGACCAUGCUGGCUCAGGAUUGAGGACGCAGACUUUGGCGCCCUGCGAAACGCGUCACACUGCCGGCUCGAAGUGUUGGUUGAGCAUCCAAACAUGAUCGCGCCGAUAGGCGAGAGCGAGAGCGAAGAUGCACCUCCGCUCACUCUCAUGAGCAUCGCUCUGCGCACCAUGUUCAACGCCAAAGAGAACAAGCAGGAGAUCUUGGCUAUCAGCGCGAGGAUCUACGAGGACGUGUCACUCACGGACACGACCCCCGCCGAUAAACUGCCCUGCCGGACCUUCACCAUCGUCCGGCCGCAAGGGAAUGCCUUCCCCCUCGGGUUCGAGAAGAUGGCCAGAGAACGGAGAAAGGGGCUGAUCAAGCUCAUGAAGCAGGAGUCGGAUAUUCUGUCCUUCUUCCUGGCGCAGGUCGAUCUCGUCGACCCUGAUGUCAUUCUCGGGCAUCAGUUCGAGGGCGUUGACUACAGCAUCCUGCUGAACCGCCUCUACGAGAAGAAGACGCACCAAUGGUCCCGGCUAGGGAGAUUAAGACGGUCCGCGUGGCCGUCGUCCAUCGGAAAAGUCGGUGGCAACGUCUUUGCGGAACGCAAGGUCAUGGCUGGCCGCCUGUUGUGCGACCUCGCCAACGAUGCCGGCAAAUCCGUCAUGUUCAAGUGCCAGUCGUGGAGUCUGACGGAGAUGUGCAGCCUCUACCUCUCGGGUGACAACCGUCGGCAGGAUGUCGACAACGAACACGCGCUCAAGACGUUGGCCACCUCCAAAGAGGGCCUGAUGGACUACCUAACGCAUGCCGAGACCGACACCUACUUCAUCGCCGCCCUGGCCCUCAGGACCCAGAUUCUUCCGCUCACUAAGAUUCUCACCAACCUGGCAGGGAACUCGUGGGCCAGGACGCUUACCGGCACCCGUGCAGAGCGCAACGAGUACAUUCUGCUCCACGAGUUCCACAACCAAAAGUACAUCUGCCCGGACAAGCAACCCUUGCGGGGGCGGGGCCGCUUCGACGAGGAGAACCAGGAAGAGGACGGUGGCGAGGGCCAGAAGAAAGACAAGUACAAGGGCGGUCUCGUUUUCGAGCCCGAGAAGGGGCUCUACGACAAGUUCGUCCUCGUCAUGGACUUCAACUCUCUUUACCCAUCCAUCAUCCAGGAGUACAACAUCUGCUUCACCACGGUGGAUCGGACGUCUGUGUCGGGUGAUGAGGAAGGGGUACCCCCCGUCCCGACCGUCAAGGAAGAAGCCAUCCUUCCUAAGCUCAUCAGGAGAUUGGUCGAGCGGCGGAAGGUAGUGAAAGGUCUGAUGAAGUCACCCAAUGCGACACCCGAGAACAUCGCGACCUGGGAUAUCAAGCAGCUUGCCCUGAAGCUGACUGCCAACUCCAUGUAUGGCUGUCUCGGGUUUACCAAGUCUCGCUUUUACGCAAGACCCCUGGCCGUGCUCACCACGUUCAAGGGUCGUGAGAUCCUUCGCAGCACCAAGGAGCUGGCCGAGAGCCUGAAUCUGCAGGUCAUCUACGGCGACACAGACUCCGUCAUGAUCAAUGCCAACGUUGACAACAUGCGCGAUGCGCUCAAGGUCGGUUCUGAGUUCAAGAACCAGGUCAACAAGCGGUAUCAGCGGCUCGAGAUCGACAUCGACAACAUCUUCCGCCGCAUUCUCCUCCAAGCGAAGAAGAAGUACGCCGCCAUCAACAUGGUGGAGGUCAACGGCAAGUACAUCGACAAGAUGGAGGUCAAGGGUCUCGACAUGAAACGUCGCGAGUACUGCCCCUUGUCGAGGGAGGUCUCGACGCGCAUCCUGGACGAGAUCCUCUCGGGCGAAGACACCGAAGUCUCUGUCCAGCGCAUCCACGCGUACCUGCGCGAGAUCUCGGGCAAGAUGCGCGAGCAAGCGAUCCCCCCUGCCAAGUACAUCAUCCUCACCCAGCUCGGAAAGGCGCCCAAGGAAUACCCCAACGCGGACAACAUGCCCCAGGUCCAGGUCGCCCUCCGCGAGCUCGCGCGCGGGAAGACGCUGCGAAAAGGCGACGUCGUAUCGUACAUCAUCACGGGCGACAGCAAGACUACCUCGGAGCCGGCCGCCAAGCGCGCCUACACGCCGCAGGACGUGCUCAAGCCCGACUCGGGCCUGACCCCCGACGUCGAGUGGUACCUCGGCAAGCAGAUCUUCCCCCCCGUCGAGCGCCUCUGCGCAAACAUCGUCGGCACCUCGACCGCCCAGCUCGCCGACAACCUCGGCCUCGACGUCCGCCGGUACGUCAACAACGGCGCUUCCUCCUCCAGCUCGUCCGGCGGCAAGCACGACCACGAGAUCCACCCGCUCGAGUCCCAGAUCCCCGACGCGGUCCGCUUCCGGGACUGCGCCCGCCUCACUCUGCGCUGCCGCUCCUGCAAGGCGAGCGCGCCCUUCGAGGGCCUCGUCGGCUCCGCCGACCGCGUCACCCCUUCGGGCGUGUCCUGCCCCAGCUGCAAGGCCAUCCUGCCGACCCUCUCCAUCGUCGCCCAGGUCGAGAGCGCCGUGCGCGCCCAGACGGCGCGCUACUACGAGGGCUGGCUCGUCUGCGACGACUCGAGCUGCGGCAACCGCACCCGCCAGAUGAGCGUCUACGGCAGCCGGUGCCUGGGGCCUAAGGGGCUGGGCCGCGGCUGCACCGGCCGCAUGCGCUACGAGAUGAGCGAGCGGGACAUGUACAAUCAGCUGCUCUACUUUGCCUCGCUGUGGGACGUCGAUCGGGCCUUGAAGCGCGUCUCGGCUUCCGCCGACGGCGGCGGCGGCGGCGGCGGCGGCGAGGCCCUUCCGCCCGGGGAGCUGAGGGACAAUGUGGUCGCCCUGGCGGAUCACAACAGAACUAGGUUUUCCACCGUGAAGGGCGUGGUGGAGAAGUACUUGGAGAAGUGUGGCCGGCAGUGGGUGGCGAUGGAUACUCUGUUCUCAAAACUGGGACUCAUGGUCGCUUAG